UGAUUCAACGAUGUAACGGGAAACGGGACACCGAUGUGUCAAAAUUAUUUAUUUACAAUCGCGCUCGGUGGAUUAGGAGUCAACAGUACUGCAGCUUCUCAGUUAAAUUUGCCAAAAUAAAAUUAGUGUUGCUUGCCUGGACGAAAUAUAUUGCACCAUGAAAAAUCGAAAGAAUCACAAGCAGAAAUCCGUGGAGGGCAUGUGUCGAACGUGUAUGACGGUCAACCCAGCCAAGCCGAACAGACGCCAUCGGAAGCAGAUUCCCAUAUUCUCCAAAUUUGAUGGUACUCUGAUAGCGAAUCUCAUCACCGAGUAUGCUUCCGUCCAGAUUGAUGAAAACGACACUUUACCGACAGUGAUUUGCGCAGAGUGCUUCGAAACUAUAAAACUGCUUGUCGCUUUCAUCAAAACUACUCGCAAUUCCGACAGUAAAUUACGAAAGCUUUUCAAGGAAGAAAUAGUCCCAGUAGAUUCCCGUAUGGAAACCGAAUCACCUGUAGAGAAAUCUCCCAAAAUAAAAUCUGAGCCACUGGAGCAGCUGGUCAAUGAAACUGGCAAUGAUCCCGUUCCUGAGAUCGAUUUUGAAAUUGAAUUGGAUAAUGAUACCGACAGUGAUUGGAAAGGAACUGAUGAAGAGACUAAACGAACGGUGAAACGGGAGAAACUUGGAUUGAAAUCAAAGCCGAAACCACGUAAAAGGAUUGCAAAACCAUUACCAAAGAAGCAACCCAUUCAAAACGAGGAGAGUCAGACACUUAACGAAGAAGAAAAGUUGUUGUUCACGGUUAUAGAAGUUUCUUCGGGCAGUCACAUCUGCUGUGGUUGUCUACACAUUUUCAAUACUUUUCAGGAGCUGGAUGUUCAUCGUCAAACGUUGCACGCCAAAAGGGAAGGAAACCCUUCGCGACCCUGCAAGAAAAAAAUAGUUUGCGACGGCUGCCAACGGAAAUACGACUCCCAACGAAGCGUUAACUUCCAUAAGGACCGUGUCCAACUCUUAAAAACUGUUUGGGAAUGCAACAAAUGCAAACUCCGUUUCAAAGUUGCUGGUAAGCGGCGGGAACACCUCAGAAUCCACCCGGAAGAUGAACCGGUUGCAUUGAUUGCGCGAGUUAAGGAAACGACGAAACAAGAAUUCGGCUGGGUAUGUUGUGCCACAAAGUGUGGCGAAUCGUUUACGAACGAGCAAGAUUUGAUUGAGCAUUCGCAAGGGGCUCACUGGAUUGACAAGCAGGAGGCAGAUCUGGAAAACCCGGACCUACCGGAACAGUGUCAGGUCUGCUUCCGACGAUUUGCCGACAAGCGAAAGAUUAUCAACCAUCAAAGGCGUAAAUACAAGCGCCUCAACUAUCAGUGCGCUUUGUGUGGGCUAAAGUUCACCACCCCGGACGGUCUGAAUAUGCAUGACGCAAAAGAGCACGGCGGUGGUAGCGUGUUCAUGUGUAAAAUCUGCGACAAAACAUUCACCAGGGAGAGUACCAUGAUUAAACAUGUGAACACAAUUCACACGGAUGAGAAACCCCAUCAGUGUACCGUCUGCGGAAUGACAUUCCGCCAGAAGUCAGGAUUAAAGAUUCAUAUGUCCAAUCAUGUAGAGGUUCCACAGUAUAAGUGUGAGGUUUGCUUGAAGAUGUUUAAGGCUAAACUGCAUCUGCGCUAUCACAUGCGUACACACACUGGAGAGCGACCAUACAAAUGUCGCUUUUGUGAUCACGCUUUUGCUAAUCAUACAAACUUCAGGAGACAUGAAAUGACUCAUACAGGUGAAAAGCCCCAUAAGUGCUCCUACUGUGAAAAAUCGUUCAUCUUGAAACGAACGAUGUUGGAACACGAAACCACACAUACCGGUAAACCAUUCACACGGGAUGAAAGGAUCAAAUGCGAAAUAUGCGAACAACGUUUUGGGAAGAGCAGCUCGCUCGUGCUCCACAUGGCAAGCGCCCAUCCCGAUAUGAUUGAUGUGCAAAGCAGUGACGAAGAUAGUAAUCAAAAACCGAUUACAAUUCCAAACGUUCCGGUAACGAUUCGCGUAGUCAGUCCAGCUGUGCCACCGCCAGUCACUGCUGUUCUGCAGCCAGUCCAACAGCAAAUGCCCACUAUCAUCAAUACAGCUGCCGUUGGUACCUCACCAGCGACUGUCGCUGUUUAUAAUGUCGUUCCAUCGUCUGCACCGGGCUCGUAUGGUACGUACAUAUUGAAGUUCUGAUUUGAUUUGACUGUAAGUAUGGCCUUAUUUGGAAAGAUAACUUAUCUUAAGUAAAAAUAUCUUCGUUCUACUCAUAUGUUGUUAAUAACUGUUAGCGUAUUCAGUGAAAUAUCAUUUCGGAAUGAAGGCGAAUACUAAUGCACAUACAGAUAGAAAGAUUAUUAUUAUCGUCUUUAUUAAAGAGGUUCUCAGCCCUUGGCUGGCUCACCUCUAAGAUAGAAAGAUGAUUUACUUUAGUAGGACCUCACAUUCAUUAAUAACCAGUCGCAUUUCAACCAAAUGGCUCGAAUUCUGAAAAACUUGAGGUAAUAAUAAUGUAUUAAUAACCGAGUAAUUCGAUUGUAAUGCGGCCGAAUAAUAAACGUCGAAGUUUAGAGUAAAAGGACGGCAUAACUACCCUAAGAAAAAAAUAUAAAUAGUGUAGAAGCUAUGCGUAACCCGGAAGUUAAAUUUUAUGAGCGCAUACAUUAUAUAUAGGUUUCUGGAAUAAUAAUACUUUCCUGAAUUAA